UCAGGCUGGAGGAGUUUUGGAGGUUUUUUUUGUCUUCCACUUUUCUUGAAAAGGCAUGAGAGGAAAAGAAAGGAAGAGGCCGUAGCUGCUCAGCCAUGACUAGGAGACGGUGCUCAAGAAAUUUCCCUGGAUGCUGCCAGAGUUGGAGAUACCUGUGUUAGAGUGUGCACUCCUGGACUCAGGGAACAGAGAUUUGAAAAGAUGACCCACUGCUACUACAACGAGUCGGUCGAGUUCUUCUACAACAAAAGCGGGAAGGAGCUGUUCCAUCACUGGAGGUCCAAGGAUGUCUUGGUGGUCGUUCUUGGCUUGACAGUCAGCAUCAUUGUCCUUCUCACCAACUUGCUCGUCAUCACCGCCAUAGUGAUCAACAAGCGUUUCCACUACCCUAUCUAUUACCUGCUAGGGAAUCUGGCAGCUGCUGACCUCUUCGCUGGCAUUGCUUAUAUGUUCCUGAUGUUUCACACCGGGCCCAGGACAGCUCAGCUUUCUCUCAAGACCUGGUUUGUCAGGCAGAGCCUCUUGGACACCAGCCUCACCGCUUCGGUGGUCAACCUUUUGGCCAUCGCGGUAGAGCGGCAUCAAACUGUUUUCACUAUGCAGCUCCACAGCACCAUGUCCAAUCAACGAGUGAUGAUUCUCAUCUGCUGUAUCUGGAUCACAGCCCUGCUAUUGGGCCUCAUUCCCUCCUAUGGCUGGCACUGCCUAUGCGAUCUAGACAAUUGUUCCAAGAUGGCGCCCCUCUACAGCCGCAGCUAUUUGACCUUCUGGGCCCUCUCCAAUCUCUUCAUCUUUCUUGUUAUGGUGGUUGUCUAUACUCACAUCUUCAUCUAUGUUAAGAGGAAGAUGGCACGGAUGUCUAAGCACACGAGCUUCCACCCACGCUACAAGGAGACCAUGAUCAACCUCAUCAAGACAGUUAUCAUUAUCCUUAGUGCCUUUGUAAUCUGUUGGACCCCUGGACAGGUAGUGCUUCUCCUGGAUGGCCUGGGCUGUAAAAGCUGCAACGUGUUAGCAGUGGAGAAAUACUUCCUCUUACUGGCCGAAAUCAAUUCGGUCAUCAAUGCCAUCGUCUACUCUUACCGGGACAAUGAGAUGCGCAGCACCUUCCGGAAGAUUCUGUGCUUUGCCUGCUACAGAGUCCCAAAGUACACGCCAGCUUCGGUCAAGUCCAGUAAUACGGAGCACAGGAUAUUACCCCAGAACGGGCAUCCAAUUAUGGACUCCACUCUCUAAUUCUUCUGCUCCGGACUCCUUAAUUCUGGUUUGCUGAAGCCGUUCCCAAAGGGCAGUGGGUGGCCCGUGCAAUUGAAGCUAGCCUCUGUGGUCUGUAGAAGCUACCCGCUGAGGAUAACAAUGUGAACGAGGCUAGCAACCACAUCCUGUGAGGGACAAAUUUGUUCCUGUGGCUUGGUCGUUGACUAUGGAUGACCGUUUUAGUCUGGGGCAUCAUACCGUAAUGGCAAUUAGCUUCAUGACCAGGAUCUUAUCGUGGCUGUAGAUGAGCAUGUGUCUGGGAUAUAGCAACUGUACAUGUUUGACAGAGCUGUAAGGAAUACGUACGUUGACUCUGUGCUGCAGCUGGAGAGGCACUUUAAGCACUCUAUAGCAUUAAGAACCAGUUCAAAACUGGCUUGCACCAUAGUUUCUUUCAAAGCACAUGUCUUUUCUACUCCCCACCCUCCACAAGUGAACGAGCAAAUGCAGCCCUAUGUGCAGACGGACUACGGGUGGUCCCUUAGGACAAAUUUUAUUGGCCUUGCUACAUUAAACAGAAUUAUUUGGACAAACUUUGAGGAAAGUGUUGGAAACAUAAACACUUGGGGGUACAUGCGUCUGAACUUCUAUUUUUAACAGCUGUGUUGAUUCAGUUGAGCGGUGGCAUCUUUUGCUGGACCAAAGCACUCGUCGAAAUGUUUCUGUGCAGGGUGAAGUAUUGUUGUCGGCCCUUUCAGUAUUACUGUCUUUUGUGGGUGGGGUGGUGGUGGCUAUUCUAGGGCUAAGAGAAAAAGGCAACCCUCCCUAUUCCCUGAUAAUCUGUUACAACCUCUUCUGGUUUGGCAGCUCAGACUAUAUCAACCUCUCAGGAAGAUUCCUGGUCAAGGUGGCAGAACUGUAAAGCUGGUGGUAGAUAGGCUGGUAAAUGAUUCAUGUGAGCUGGUACUGGUUAUUGUGGCAGGACUAUACAGAAAUUAAACAUUAAAUAACAAUGUAUUCUGUUGCUUUGCUCUGGAUUUUCAGGGGGUUUAUAGAUGCAUCUUAACUGAUGUCCAUGAAUGGCCCAAG